AAACCUAUAUUAGGGGAAAACCAGGGUCCUCGGCAUUUUUUGCGAGCAGUGCACCCUGAAUGCAAAAAGAUUUUUUAAAAAGAGGAAGAAAGAAAGAAGCCACAGUUCUUUCGAUCACCUGAACAGGGCUACGAAAUCGCUUUACUGGACAUCAGCGCCAGGGAUUCAUUUUUGAGGUCAAUUUCCAAUCGAGAUAAAUCUAUUGGAUUAGUAGGAUUAUCUGAUUGCAGCCGAAAGAAGUAACGUUGUUUGAUCAUUUGUAUUUCUUGCCUGAUGGUCGGAUUUACAUGGAGGUGGCUUUGGGUCCCGAGAAUCCUGGAUCGUGGUUUCAUCUGGAGAGAAAAAAGGAUCAAUCGACACGUUUUGGAAGUGUCCGUGGGUGAAUAAAAAAAAGGGGGGGGGGCGCAAAACUGGGGUUGCGGCUGCUUAAAGAAGAAAAAUAAAUAAUAAAAGGAAGAAUCUUGAAUUCUGAAACAAGAAUUACCAGUGCUCAAGAUUCGAAAAAAGCGUCUAGAAGCUGAUAAAUACUUUGACCAAUUCAGCUUGAAUUUGACGGUGAAGUGUUGUAGAACUGUCUCCUUGAAUGAUUGGAAGGGGACUAGGGGAGGCUGAGGGGGCCCCCUCUGUGGCUUGAUCUUACCGAGGGAUGCAGACCUGCCGCUAACUGGAUUUGAUUUAUAAGAGGGAAAUCUACAGUCAAUGGCCACUCUUGUCACAUUGCUACUAUGGAAAACAGAAUGGUCAAUAGGAUAUGGUCUGAUAACUAGUGAUGAUUGAAGAUGCUACUUCAGUCCAUGUGAAAUCGAUGGGAGAUAGUGGCUGUAUAAAGAGCUUCCUGAGCUUUUCUUGACAAACUCGCCUUGAAGAAGUCAGAGGUGUAUUCUACCAUUAUACCGUCUUUCUCAAGUGGAUAUAAAUACCUUUGCCUCCCUGUAACCAGACAACUACACAGCUAAUGUGGGACCAUGGCACUGCCCAGAUGCAUGUGGCCAAAUUAUGUUUGGAGAGCAGUAAUGGCAUGCUUGGUACACAGGGGAUUGGGUACCUCAUUGACUCUCUGCGUGUUGGGAUGUUUACUUCAUGCUGCCCAUGUGCUUUCCCAAAAAUUGGAUGAUGCAGACCCACUGGUGACUACCAACUUCGGCAAGAUAAGGGGGAUUAAGAAAGAACUCAAUAACGAAAUUUUGGGGCCUGUUAUUCAAUUUCUUGGGGUUCCGUAUGCUGCCCCACCCACAGGGGAACAUCGUUUUCAGCCUCCAGAGCCACCAUCCCCCUGGUCAGAUAUCAGGAAUGCGACUCAGUUUGCUCCCGUGUGCCCCCAGAAUAUCAUCGAUGGCAGAUUGCCGGAAGUCAUGCUUCCUGUGUGGUUUACUAAUAACUUGGAUGUGGUUUCAUCAUACGUGCAAGACCAGAGUGAAGAUUGCCUAUAUUUAAACAUAUAUGUUCCCACUGAGGAUGUAAAAAGAAUAUCCAAGGAAUGUGCCAGAAAACCCGGCAAGAAAAUAUGUAGAAAAGGAGGUCCCCUUACAAAGAAACAGACAGAUGAUUUAGGUGAUAAUGACGGUGCUGAAGAUGAAGAUAUUCGGGACAGUGGGGGUCCCAAACCAGUGAUGGUGUAUAUCCAUGGUGGCUCAUAUAUGGAAGGUACUGGAAAUUUAUAUGAUGGGAGUGUCUUGGCAAGUUAUGGCAAUGUGAUCGUCAUCACAGUCAACUAUCGACUUGGGGUGCUUGGUUUCUUGAGCACAGGGGAUCAGGCUGCAAAAGGAAACUAUGGACUCCUUGAUCUCAUACAGGCUUUAAGAUGGACUAGUGAGAACAUUGGAUUCUUUGGUGGUGACCCCUUAAGAAUCACUGUUUUUGGAUCUGGCGCUGGGGGUUCAUGUGUCAAUCUCCUGACUUUAUCCCAUUAUUCUGAAGGACUUUUCCAACGAGCCAUAGCUCAAAGUGGAACAGCGCUUUCCAGCUGGGCUGUUAGUUUCCAACCUGCAAAAUACGCUAGAAUGUUGGCCACAAAAGUUGGUUGCAAUGUUUCAGAUACAGUAGAGUUAGUGGAAUGCCUACAGAAGAAGCCUUACAAAGAACUUGUUGACCAAGAUAUUCAACCAGCACGAUACCACAUAGCCUUUGGACCUGUGAUUGAUGGUGAUGUAAUACCAGAUGACCCUCAGAUAUUGAUGGAGCAAGGAGAGUUUCUCAACUAUGAUAUAAUGUUAGGAGUUAACCAAGGGGAAGGGUUGAAAUUUGUUGAAAAUAUAGUAGAUAGUGAUGAUGGUAUAUCAGCUAGUGAUUUUGACUUUGCUGUUUCCAAUUUUGUUGAUAAUUUAUAUGGAUAUCCUGAAGGCAAAGAUGUUUUAAGAGAAACCAUUAAAUUCAUGUAUACUGACUGGGCUGACCGUCAUAACCCUGAAACCAGAAGGAAGACAUUAUUGGCUUUGUUUACAGACCAUCAGUGGGUGGCACCAGCUGUGGCUACAGCAGAUCUUCACUCAAACUUUGGUUCACCUACAUAUUUCUAUGCCUUUUACCAUCAUUGCCAAACAGAUCAAGUUCCAGCUUGGGCUGAUGCAGCUCAUGGAGAUGAGGUUCCCUACGUACUAGGAAUCCCCAUGAUUGGACCUACAGAGUUAUUUCCUUGCAAUUUCUCCAAAAAUGAUGUGAUGCUGAGUGCAGUUGUAAUGACAUACUGGACAAAUUUUGCCAAAACUGGUGACCCAAAUCAACCAGUCCCUCAAGACACGAAAUUCAUCCAUACCAAACCCAACCGCUUCGAAGAAGUAGCAUGGACCAGAUAUUCCCAGAAAGAUCAACUUUAUCUCCAUAUUGGAUUAAAACCAAGAGUUAAAGAACAUUACAGAGCCAAUAAGGUGAACCUCUGGUUGGAGCUGGUACCUCAUCUGCAUAAUCUCAAUGACAUUUCUCAGUAUACCUCGACAACAACUAAAGUGCCAUCAACCGACAUCACUUUCAGACCUACGAGAAAGAAUUCUGUACCUGUCACAUCAGCAUUUCCCACUGCCAAGCAGGACGAUCCCAAACAACAACCAAGUCCAUUUUCAGUGGAUCAAAGGGACUACUCCACAGAGCUGAGCGUCACUAUUGCGGUUGGAGCAUCACUGCUGUUUCUGAACAUCCUUGCCUUUGCAGCCCUGUACUACAAAAAGGAUAAGAGGAGACAUGAUGUUCACAGGAGAUGCAGCCCUCAACGCACUACUACCAACGAUCUGACCCACGCACAAGAAGAGGAGAUCAUGUCCCUCCAAAUGAAGCACACUGAUUUGGAUCAUGAAUGUGAGUCCAUCCAUCCACAUGAGGUGGUUCUUCGGACCGCCUGCCCCCCAGAUUACACACUAGCUAUGAGGAGGUCACCUGAUGAUGUUCCCUUAAUGACACCCAACACCAUUACAAUGAUUCCCAACACUAUACCAGGGAUUCAACCCUUACACACAUUCAAUACAUUUACUGGAGGACAGAACAAUACUCUGCCCCAUCCCCAUCCCCACCCCCAUUCACAUUCAACAACCAGGGUAUAGCCAGAUAAGAGAAACAAACUCUAUUUUUUUGAUGGAUUGCAGUAAAAGAUUACUGAAGAUUCCUUGGCUUUCAACCUACAAGACUCUUACUAUUUAAAUAAGGAGGAAUAUUAUGUGAAUAUACAUAUCAAGAACUUUGGGGGUUUUGAAAAAAAAUAAAUUGUACAUAUAUACACAAAACAACUUUAAAAAUGAAUUUCAAUUGCUUGAAGCAAUUGUUCUGAAUGAUACUUUUUCAUUCACAUUCAAGAAAUAAUUUUUUGAAGAUUUAUGUUACAUAAUGGAAUUAGGCAUGUGGAACACCAAACAGGAAAGAACUAUGUCUGAAAUAUAAAUCAUAAAAAUAAAAAAAAACAACAACCAUGAAUAUGCACAAGGGACACACCAAUGGAAUGUCAGAUAAUUUUCACCAGUUUUUAUUUGGAGGCGUUUUAUUGUGUAGACCAUAUUUACAUAUUUGGAUAAGUACACAAAGCACCAAUGCUGUUAAUGGCCUUAGCGGAGGCUCAUGCUGAAAUUUGCCAGUAAAACAAAGAAGUUUAAAGACUGGCAGGUACAACAUUAUCACAUAAGUGCUGUCAGUAUAAAGUUGUGGGGAUAAAGGAAACUGGAUAUUUUUAGCACGAUGUGCAUGAUAAUUUAUAUGCUUGGUGGCUGUGCUGCUGAUUAAGCCGUAAUUAAAAUUCUUCUCAUCCCAUUGGAGUCUUUAAUAGAAGCUUCCUCCACCAAUUGGCAGAACCUAAAGAAGAUUUUAAGGGGCAAAACUAAUUAGGAGUAAAUAAUUCACAGUAGUUCUGAUAAUAGGAAGAAUUAGUUAUUAAAGGUAUUUGAAGAAACUAUAGGCAUAGUGGUGAAUACUCGCUGAUACGAAUCCCAGGAAAAAAGAAAUUCCUGUGUUUUUAAUGUUCUUUUCAUCCCAAUCUAAAUAAUUUAUAGAAAUACAACCCUAAUUGGACAUGUGUUACAGGAUCUAUAAUUUGCUGUGGUUUUUGUUAUUCUGUAUUUUGUUCCUUUUGGUAAGGUGAAGUGUGUCCAAAGAGUUACUUGCAACAGUCUUCUAUGAUAUGAGGAUGCCCCAAAUUACCACUCUGAUUACUGUUCUCAGUUAAUUGAUUUACUCAUGUUGCAUGACAAAAUGUUUACUAAUAAGAAUUCAAUAUACAGUUAUAUCCCUCCUCAUGUCACUUAUCUUUCUCACUAAGGCUCAUUCACUGGAAUUUACUCACCCAAUCUCAGUAGAGUACAACAUAGAUACAGAACCUAGAAGGAGAGUCAACACCUGGAGGAUUUUAGUCUUACACGUAUGUGUGAUUUUAAAUGAAUACUCUAAGACCACAGGAAACUCUUCAUCCCCCUGUUGUUUACCAGUAACAGUAUAUCACAGACCUUUCCAAAUGUUUGUAUAUGUAAUCAGAUGUACAUUUAUAUUAAAAAAAAUUGAGAUGGACUUAAAGAGCACAUCCUGAUAAAUACUUUCUCUCUUACCUGUACUAUAUUUCUAUUAGACUAAAGUUAUGUGAUUUUUUUUUUACAUUUUUUCAGAUGACUAGCAAUUUUGAUAGUUUGUAAGAUAAUGCAAAGAACUUUCUCUGACAAACUAACUGCAGUAACAGAAACCUUUCUUUUCAGUUACUCUUUUUCAAGAAUGAAAGCUUAUUAUACAAAAAAAAAAAAAAUUGUAUACUACUUGAUGGAAACAACUUUGUACAUCUUGGCCAUGUCACUGGUCAUUGCGUGAAAUAAAGAUAAUCUGGAUAAUGA